AUGGAGAGCCCCGGCCUUCCGCCAUUACCGGACAUUAGUGACAUGAAGCGGCAGCUGGUGGAGGGGGAGAUCGGGGCGGAGGAGUUCUUCUGUGUGCUGGUGUCCACCCUGGGGGAGCACAGGACCUACCGACACCUACCUGAUCUCCUCCACAGCCUGAGACACGGCCACCCCGCCCUGUAUGGUCGGAUCAUGGACAUCCAACGGGAAUACUUCCUCCAGAUGCCUUCUGACUUGCCGACCUAUGAGGAGGAGCUUCAGAUUGCAAUAGCAUUAUCUCUUGAGGAAGCCCCAUCUUCUGCUGGCCCCAGCUGCACGAUUCAGGAUCCUAUCUCCAAUUCCAGUAUCUCGUUUGCAGAAGCUGCUAAAAAAUCAACGGUCCUAAACAGCAAUGGUGACCAAAAACCCUCAACUAAUGCCAAAUGCAAGAACACCCAUGAUGACUUGACCACUAUAGAGCUUUCCAAAAAUCUUUCAAAGCUUCACACUGCAGACCACUUGGACAACUUGUAUACUGGCCAACCAGAACCUGAAGAUUGUGUUCUAAACUGUGAUGGAAGAGAUGUUUUUAAAAUCAUGUCCCCGAUCACCAAGGCGGACAAGAUGAAAAGGAGCAGACGAGGCCGAAGAAAGAAAAACUCAUCGGUUCCAAAAAAUCCAGUAUUAGUGAAACCAGUGGUAGUUUGGUUUAGAAGAGACCUCCGACUCCAUGAUAAUCCAGCUUUAAUUGCUGCCUUGGAGCUUGGAGCUCCCAUCAUUCCUGCCUUCCUGUGGAGUUUGGGUGAGGAGAUGGGUCAGAACUACACACUGGCCACUGGUGGUGCUACCAAAUACUGGCUUCACCAUGCUCUGUUCAACCUCAAUCUGGCUCUGGCACAGAGCUAUGGCAGCCACAUAGUUUUUCGAGUGAAUGAUUCUUGUGCUGAUGAACUUGUACGCCUUGUGCAGGAGACGGGGGCAGGCACCGUCCUAGUGAAUGCAGUAUAUGAGCCUUGGUUAAAGGACAGAGAUGAUCUUAUAUCAGAGACAUUAAAGAAACACGGAGCGAUGUUCACAAAAUACCAUUCAUACUGCCUCUAUGAACCGUAUUCAGUCAGUACAGAGGGUGUUGGACUAAGAGGUAUUGGCUCUGUGAGCCAUUUUAUGAGCUGCUGUGAAAGAAACUACUCUUCUCUAAUAGGUGACCCUCUGGAUGCUCCCACAAGCCUUCCUCUCCCAUCAUGCUGGCCUGAAUCAAUGGAACUGGAGAGACUGAACUUGGCAAAAAUGCCACGAAGGAAGGAUGGCACCGUGGUAGACUGGGCAGCAACUAUCAGGAAAUCCUGGGACUUCAGUGAAGAUGGAGCUUAUACUUGUUUAGGAAAUUUCCUUGACAAUGGCAUAAAACACUAUGAUAAAGAGUCUGGGAGAGCAGAUAAACCAUACACUAGCCACAUUUCCCCAUAUCUCCACUUUGGUCAGAUUAGCCCGAAGACAGUGCUGCAUGAAGCAUAUUUUACCAAAAAAAGUGUGCCCAAGUUCCUAAGAAAGCUGGCCUGGCGGGACCUGGCUUACUGGUUGCUCGUCCUCUUUCCAGACAUGCAUGUGGAACCUGUCAGGCCUGCAUACAAGAGUCAGCGCUGGAGCAGUGAUCUGAGCCAUCUACAAGCCUGGCAGAAAGGGAUGACUGGAUACCCUCUGGUAGAUGCUGCCAUGAGAGAGCUCUGGCUCACCGGCUGGAUGUGCAAUUACGCUAGACAUGUAGUGGCCUCUUUCCUUGUGGCUUAUCUUCACUUACAUUGGAUCCAUGGCUACAGAUGGUUCCAGGACACUCUUGUGGAUGCAGAUGUUGCUAUCAAUGCCAUGAUGUGGCAGAAUGGAGGAAUGUCCGGACUAGACCACUGGAAUUUUGUUAUGCAUCCUGUAGAUGCUGCCAUGACCUGUGACCCCUAUGGCUCCUAUGUGAGGAAGUGGUGUCCAGAACUGGCUGGGCUGCCUGAUGAAUACAUUCACAAGCCCUGGAAAUCUCCUCCAUCUCAACUCAGACGAGCUGGUAUAGCAUUAGGUCAGAACUACCCUCACCGCAUAGUGGUGGACUUGGAGGAGAGGCGGGAACAGUCCCUCAGGGAUGUGGUUGAAGUACGACGGAAACACUGUGAAUAUGUAGACAAGGUGUCUGGCUCUGACAUGGUGUCUAUUCCUGAUCAGCUCCUGGCUCUCACCUUGGGCUGUCCUGACGGAGAUGAUGAUGUCAUCAAAAGCAGCACAGGCCAGGUCCUGCUACCAGUCAUCACCAGGAAGGAAUUCAAAUACAAGACACUCCAGCCCGAUGCAAAAGACAAUCCCUACAACACCGUGCUAAAAGGUUAUGUGAGCCGCAAGCGGGAUGAAACCAUUGCUUAUAUGAAUGAGCGUCAUUUCACAGCCAGCACUAUCAAUGAAGGAGCACAGAUGUAUGAGAGGAGGGAGAGAACUACCAGGAUCAUAGAGGGUCUUCCACAAAUGAGAGACCCCAGGAAUAAAAGCCGCAGAACUCCCAGCGGUGAUCCCUUUUCUACAAUCCCUCCAGGCUAUUUUCAUCUAGCUAACUAG